AUGCGUUAGUGAUUACUAGCGUCGCUACGUCCGUCCGGUGGACGCGCAGGCGCAGAGACACCCGUGUAGCCGGCCCUUCAGCUCCUAGUCAGGAGGCAGCCGUCAUGGAGUCAUACGAUGUGAUCGCGAACCAGCCCGUGGUGAUUGAUAAUGGCUCUGGAGUCAUAAAAGCUGGAUUUGCUGGUGAUCAGAUCCCGAAAUACUGUUUUCCAAACUAUGUGGGGCGGCCUAAGCAUAUUCGAGUCAUGGCGGGUGCCUUGGAAGGAGAUCUAUUUAUCGGACCAAAGGCGGAGGAACACAGGGGUCUCCUGUCGAUUCGAUACCCUAUGGAGCAUGGUAUUGUAAAGGACUGGAAUGAUAUGGAACGCAUCUGGCAGUAUGUCUACUCCAAGGACCAGCUUCAGACCUUUUCUGAAGAGCAUCCGGUUUUGCUAACAGAAGCUCCCUUGAAUCCGCGGAAGAAUCGUGAACGAGCGGCAGAAGUUUUCUUUGAGACCUUCAAUGUUCCAGCUCUGUUCAUCUCCAUGCAAGCCGUACUGAGCCUAUAUGCAACGGGGAGAACAACGGGAGUUGUGUUGGACUCUGGGGAUGGAGUUACUCAUGCAGUCCCAAUAUAUGAGGGCUUUGCCAUGCCUCACUCCAUUAUGAGGAUCGACAUUGCUGGCCGGGAUGUCUCCCGCUUCCUCCGUCUCUACCUUCGGAAAGAGGGCUAUGAUUUCCACACCUCAGCAGAGUUUGAAAUUGUCAAAACCAUCAAAGAGCGUGCAUGUUACCUGUCCAUAAAUCCACAAAAAGAUGAGUCCUUGGAGACAGAAAAGGCUCAGUAUUACUUACCUGAUGGGAGCACUAUUGAGGUUGGCCCAGCCCGAUUCCGAGCUCCUGAGCUGCUGUUCCGGCCAGAUCUAAUCGGGGAGGAAUGUGAGGGAAUCCAUGAAGUCUUAGUCUUUGCAAUUCAGAAGUCUGACAUGGACCUAAGGCGAACAUUAUUCUCUAACAUAGUGCUGUCUGGGGGAUCCACCUUAUUUAAAGGUUUUGGGGACCGACUUCUAAGUGAAGUAAAAAAAUUAGCACCAAAGGAUGUAAAAAUAAGGAUAUCUGCUCCGCAAGAACGAUUAUACUCUACAUGGAUUGGUGGAUCCAUUUUGGCUUCUCUGGACACCUUCAAGAAAAUGUGGGUCUCAAAGAAAGAAUAUGAAGAAGAUGGAUCCAGAGCUAUCCACAGGAAAACCUUCUAACAUCCCGAAAGACCAAGUCUCUUUAUCUGUCCACUUCAGUUUAAAACUCGCUUUUUGAGUAUGAGAGUAUCGUCAGGAGGUGACUGGUGGGUGGGUGUGUAUGUAUGUGUCUGUAUGCGCGCUCCAGCAUGCCAAGAAGUGGUCUAACGAGGGGAAAAGAUCUGAUAGUGUAAAGGCAAACUGAGAAAUCCAAGGAGGAGAAAGCCUUUAUCCCAUUCCUAUUUGUGUAUUAUGUUGCACCAGGGUUCAUGAAAUGGUCUGUUGCAGAAAAUAUUUUAUCGAAUUGUAUCCAAUUUACCCAUAACAGAUAAACUGUACAUAACAUCUAGAAAGGAUCCAAGUGGCGGUGGAUUAAGAUCUGUCCCGUUAUGAGUCUGCACUUAUAUCACCUUACACAAUGGCAACUACUUGAGGCUACAAAAAAAAAAAAAAGAGAAGUUUCUCAAAAAGUUGUAACAUGUCAAACUAGUUGAAACGACAUGAUUAUUGGAAAUGUUUCUAUUGCAUGAUAAUAAAAGAACAGUAUAGUUAUAUAGCUAGACAUCUGGAGUUUGUUUUUCGUUUAUAAGGGAUAUCCUUGUCACCACCUGUCUGCAGGUCAGCGUAGGUUAUAUUGCACCUUCACCUGCUGCUUCAGGCUAGAAAACCUGCAAUGCUUGACUUGCUGUGGCGCAACAGUUCCAAACAUCCUCUGCCAUGCCGCAAAACAUGCUGGGACUCUUAGUUCUUCAGAAGCCGGCGCGCCUAGUUAUUGUCUUUGUCUGCAUAUUAUUUGUCUAUACUGAAGUGCUUACUAAUGAAUACCACUAUAAAGGAAAAUGUACAUUUACAUAAACAGUGUAAUAUUUAAUUAUUAACUUAUCUGCCUUCAUCCUAUUUUCUGGCCUACCAGAUUUGCCUUUACUACAGUUUAUUUGUAUUUAUUUUCGAUAAACUUCCAAGUCUGACAAAGCGAGGGGUAUUCUGGUGGCAUGGUGAAAGCACAGAUGCACAGGACGAGCACACUGCCCUAUAUUGCCUCAGCCGUAGUUUCCACACUGUAGUGUAGUUUAUUCCUAUGUAGCUGUAACCGUAGGCGAUUGCAUGAGCCCCGGGACCCUUCCCUUUCAGCAUGAUCUCUGCUCACAAUUGGCAAUAGCCACUUGUAUACUUUCAAGUGUUACAUGGCCCUAGCAUUUCUCAUAGUAUACUUUCAAGUGUUACAUGGCCCUAGCAUUUCUCACAUGUAAACUUGAAACACAUCCAGUAUGACCUCUAUGAAAUGUUGGCAAUUGAUCUGAAGUUCUGUUCUUGCAUUAUACUGCUCUGAGGGAUCUUCCCAGUGACUCAUUUAACUUCCAGAAAACAACAGGAGCAGAAGUGGCCAUGUAAUGCUAUAGAUACUAGAGGAACGUCCUUGUGUGUCUAACCUGUAGCUGUGGAUGUUUUACCUUUUUGUAUUCAUUACAAUAACACCUGCUGUCAUAUUCCAGCACGGAACACUGACAUCAGAUUUUCCUGCUUGUCUUGUAAAUGUCUAACAGAUGGGACUAUGGAUUGUGUACAUCAGUCAUUACUAAAUAAUGUAUCUGGUUUGAUUACUGUAUGGACCAGUUGCAGCUCCCUGGAAGAGAUUGAGGUCAUGAAGUUUGUGACAGUCUUUUUCUGCUUGUACUGUACACGUUACCUAUGGUGAGCUGCAGUGCGGUUCCUGUUUAAGUGAAAGGAAUAGUAGCGGCUGCUAUUAGCUGUAUAGAAUAUUAGAUUUGUUAUACAUUCUAGACAAAGAUGACCUGAUCUAUAUAUCUGUGCAAGUAACACCGUAUUAAUGGUGCACCAAGCAUUCAGCAGCCACACGCGCCAUGAAACCGGCUCUCCUCUAGCUGUCAUGUGAUGAAUUUCAUAUUUGGCCAUAACUUUUUUUUUUUUUUUUUGUGAUGUUGGUUUAAGAUGGGAUGUUCAUGCCAAAAUCCCUGUGUUGUAAGUGCAAAGAAAAAAAGUUUACACUAUUAAUGUUUGUAUUUAAUUGACAUCUGCUGACUACACUAAAUGAGCAAUACAGCACCAUGGAAGUCGUCUGUGUUGGUCAUUAUGUCAGUGAGAUAAUUCUUCUACUUCCCUACUUCAGCUGUGUUGUAUGUUACUGCUCUAAUGGGUAUUGAUUUCAAGAAUGUUAAUAUCAAUCCCAUUGAUAAUACAAUAGCUCCAGGGGGUAUGUUAUUAAAGGUCCAGCUGGCCUAACACUCAUAGGACAAAUAAAAUCAUAAAGGAGAGAGUGGAGACAAGUACCCAUGUAUGUGCACUACAUAUUUCCAAUGCCUGCAGGAUAACCGUCCAAAUUGCAUCCCCAUUACACCGACUGCAGACCCACCCUGAGUAUUUGGGUGCGGCAGCAGGGUCCCAGGAGCUUUAAUAUAUGGGUGAUAGGUUUUUUUUUUUUUCAUUAUUAAGAUACAGCAUAAAACACAGCUGCCUGGGCUUCUUUAAAGAAAUUGCCUCACGCUGUUUAAUAGGUUAAAGCUACAUUAUUGUGAAUCUAGAUCUUCAUACUACAUUGAUUCAGUGUGCUCCGUUGAGGCAUCCCCCAUCAUUUCUAUUAAAUGGCAGUCAGCAUUUAUCAGCUUGCAUUUUAUUUUAUUUUUUUCUGAUUUGUAGUUCCGUAAUUUGUAAUAUCUGCCUGAUCCUGUACCGUGCACAAGUAAAACUGUCAGCUGGUGACUUCGAAAACACAUUCAGAAUCCUAAAAUAAAAAUAUCUUAUUCAA